CAGUCUUGAAAGUGAAACUAGAAAGAAAGACUUGAAAUGGAAAUAUGAACUUGGAAAGUACAAUAUAGAUGAAGGUAUGGGGAACCAGCAGGCCAUUUUGAGUGAUAUUGACAUACAGGAGUUAAAGGAAUCCACCCCUCUCUCGGACAGUGAGCUCAAGAAACUAGAACAGCGUUAUCAGGCAUUAGAUAAGUCACCGGAAGCCACCGACGGAAUUCCGUACGACAAAAUGGUCCUUCUUCCAGAGUUAAGAGGCAAUGAGUUGUGUUCCCAUGUCGUGGCAGCAAACCUAGAUGGUCGUUCCGGACGAGUAUAUGCAAAACAGUUUGUACAAAUCUUUGGGAUUCUGAGUCCAAAAGCAAAACCUGAUGAAAAGAAAGAAUUCUUAUUUGAGAUUUUUAAUAUUUAUGGAACAAAUGUAUUGAUGCAUGAUGAAAUGUUCCGAAUUUACAAAACUCUCUUUGACAGAACUAUCAGCGACGACCAUAUCUUAGCUCUAACGUACCGCGCCCUCAACCAUAAAGCUCUAAAGAAAAAGGGGGAGAUAAACAAGGAGGAGUUCCUACAGCUGGUUCCAGAUCACGAGAUAGUCAAUCGAAUGUCAGUAGAAUUAUUAUGACGAUCGACAUGAAAUUCUUCACAUCCCAACUGUUUCGAAAUAUAGAUCGAUGCAGUUAAAUUUCAUGCAUUUGCGACAUAAGAUAAAAUGUUAAGUAGAUAGGGAAAAGUACUGGUAUUUCAGCGAAUGCAGUAGAAAAAAGUCGAAUAUGUUUUUGUGUGAACGUUUUAUUACUAUGAGUGUCUAAACUGAUUAGAGGGAACUACGGAACAGACAAAUCUUUAUUGUAAUCUGCGUAUUGCAGCUUUGGAAUCUGUUCCCAGUCAGGACGUACACCCCACAUGUCCGGACGUGUUCCUAAAACGUUAACAUACGGCGGAGGUCUGGGACCGGAGAUAUGAAGAGAGAUUGAUUCUAAUUUGUUUAUUCUGUUACAAAACAAACAUACCAGAUGUAAUGAUGUAAACACAUUUAAAAUUUUUCCAACUAUGAUAAAUUGGAAAAAUAAAUUUUAUGGAGAUUAACAUGACUAACAACCUUUUCAAUUAAAAACUUAA